AUGCCGGGCACUCACUUACUCCCGCCUAACUUGCUCAAACUUUUCGCGCCACGGGCGCCACUACCUUACUUUCGACCGGUCGAUAGAGAUAUUGACCGGGUGACGGACAAGAGUGUAGAUGGCGUAGGCCCACUUCUGCAGAUGCUCCGGGAGUCAAAUGCGCUUUCUGGAGAUGCACCGAACGCGAACGGGGACGCCAUGGAGGAGGGCGAGGAACCAGCCUUUACACUUGCGGAGGAGGUCAAACGCCAAAUCAGGCGCGAAGAACGCAAGAAAAGGAGAGCCGAGGAGUUGAAAGCUGCCAAGGAUACAUACAAACCUGCGGAGGACCCAGAGGCGGUCGGCGAUCCGUACAAGACGUUAUUCAUAUCCAGGCUGCACAAGAACACAUCUGAAAGCGACUUACGCCGCGAAUUCGAGACCUAUGGAACAAUCGAGCGCGUACGUAUAGUGCGUGACAAGAAGGGACGCAGUCGUGGAUAUGCUUUCAUCGUCUACGAGCGUGAACGCGACAUGAAAGCUGCCUAUAAGGAGUCCGACGGCUUGCACAUAGCCGGCAAACGCAUCAUGGUUGAUGUUGAGCGUGGGCGUACCGUUCGUGGCUGGAAACCGCGUCGUCUGGGUGGUGGUCUAGGUGGUCGGCCCAAGCCAGUUGAGGCACCGUCCUUUGUGGGCGGCGGUGGACGUGGCGGUUUCCGCGGAGGAGGACGUGGUGGCGGCGGCUUCCGUGGAGGAGGUGGCGGUCGCGGAGGCUUCCGCGGCGGCUUUGGUGGCGGUGGAGGCGGUGGCUUCCAGAGUGAUCGUGGAUAUGGUGACAGAGGAGGAGGAGGAGGAGGAGGUAGGGGUGGGUUCGGUGGUGGUGGCGGCGGCGGUGGGUACGGCGGUGGACGAGACUUCGGUGGUCCUCCACGAGACUCAGGGUAUCGUGGUCGUGGCGGAGGAAUCGGAUUCGGGGGUCGCGGUGGCUUUGAUGGCCCUCCACAAAAUAGGUAUGGCGGCCCGCCUGGUCCUGGUGGUCCUCCUGGCCCUGGUGGCGGUGGCUUUGGCGGCCCUCCACCUGGUUACGGCGGCGGUGGCGGUGGCCCUGGGGGCGGCCCUGGCUUCGGUCCUCCUGGAGGAGGAUUUGGUGGCGGGGGUGGUGGGUACAAGCGCGAAAAUUCUGGCUACGACGACCGCGAUCCAAAGCGCAUGCGGUACUAG